AUGGCUAAAAAAAAGUCCAAAUUAGAGCAGCUCGUCGAGAGAUACGGCAAGCGCGCGAACCUUGAGCGCCGAAUACGGAAUCUGGAUGCGCGCACUAACAAGACGAUUUCCGACCGGAAGUACAUCGAAAAGCUCAGAGCAGACCUCGGCUACUGGCAGGCCCAGGAGACCACGGACAAGCAGGAAGAGCGUCCGAAACGGGACAUCAAGCUGUUCAAAAACUCGCUGUACUACGACGAGGAGCUCAAUCCCGCAGGAAUCACGCCACCGGGCGGGCGGGAACAGAAAGGCGAGUGCAAAGUGCCGGGCAAUGUCCAGCUCAAGUAUCCGCUUCCUCAGCAGGAAAGACCGCGGUUCUGGCACAUCCACCAGGUGGGGGCGUACGAGGCGGGCGAAAAACGCACGCAGCUCGUCCCCACGGUGCUACGGCGAUAA